UGACACAAAUGUUUUUGGUUUGGCAAAGUUUUGGGGACAGCUGCUCUUCAAGUCUCUUCUUGUGUGCAUCAUGCUGACUUUUCUUUGUAAAUUCACUGUCUUUCAUUUCCUCCUCAUCUCAUACUGGUUACUUAAUUAUGUCAAAUCUGAGGACAAGCCGAAUAUACCAGCAAUCGCUAAGUAUUUCAACACCAAAGGGAGGUACGAGGAAGUGAACCCAUAUCUCACAGAGGACAUACUUGCUGCAAACGGGUCUAUUUUACAGCCUCCAUCUGCAAAAUGUCAAGAAAUGUAUCUGACUGCAAUAAUAAGACACGGCACAAGAUAUCCAACAACCAAAAACAUCAAGGAGAUGCAGCAGCUCUACAACAUAGCCCAGCAUAAUGCCUCAGGCCAAGAGAGCUGGCUGCGCGAAAUCCAGACCCAGUGGACGAUGUGGUACACUGAGGACAUGGAUGGCCGACUCGUCCAGAAAGGUGUGAACGAUCUAAAGCAUCUGGCCGUCAGGCUGUCAAAGCUGUUCCCCUCACUGAUUUCGGAGGAGAAGCUCCGAGGUGGAUUCAUCCAAUUCAUAACCAGCUCAAAGCACAGGUGUGUCAACAGCACACUGUCCUUCAAGGCUGGACUGACAGAGCUGUGGGCUAUUACAGAUAAGGAGUUCGACCAUUCGGUGAAUGAUGCCCUCAUGAGGUUUUUUGACCAGUGCACCAGGUUUGUGGAGGAAGUUGAUAACAACCCUUCAGCUCUGUCAGAGAUGGACAAGUUCAAGCAGGGACCAGAGAUGAGGAGGGUCCAGCAGAAGAUCGCAGACCGUCUCAAUGUCUCGUACAUAAAAAUCACAGAUGAUAUGGCUGAAGCUGCAUUCUACUUGUGUGCUUAUGAGUUUGCCAUCAAGACUGUGAACUCUCCCUGGUGUCGGCUCUUCGAUGAGGUCGAUGCGCAGGUUAUGGAGUAUGCAAAUGACCUGAAACAGUUCUGGAAAAGGGGAUAUGGUUAUGACAUCAACAGCAAGUCGAGCUGCAUUCUCUUCCAUGAUGUGUUUAGUCGACUGGACAAAGCAGCCAACGCAAGCAAGUCAGGCCAGCAGGUGACUGAAGCUGUGACGGUCCAGAUCGGCCAUGCAGAGACCCUCCUGCCACUGCUUACCCUGCUGGGCUUCUUCGAGGACAGCGAUGCCCUGACAUCCACCAACUACGCCACACAGACCCAACGCUCCUUCCGCACCAGCCACAUGUUACCCUAUGCAGCUAACUUAGUCCUGGUGUUAUACGACUGCGGGGGAGGCGACCUGAGACUGCAGCCGCUGCUCAACGAGAAACCUGUGACUUUCCCCGGUCUGACGGACCAGAGGGCCUCCAUCCCGCUCUAUGAAGACGUCAGAGAGCACUACAGGGAACUGCUCCAAGGCUGUGACUUUGAGGCUGAGUGUCAGCUGUUCAAGAGUCCUGCUGAAGUUUAGGCAGAUUCUGGAAAAGAAGGAAUUAUAUUGUGGCUUUAUUUGCUUUUAUUUGCAAAAUGGAGUGAAAAUUUUGAUCCUAAAAUCUUAGUCUUGCCCUGUGUAAACCAUGAAGAUAUCACUUUUUGAGCUAGCCUUUUUAGCAUGCAACAUUUUUUAUCAUUUUUCACUCCCUUGGUCUUAUACCUGAGAAAACAGGCCAUGAUCCCAACUUUUAAUUUCAAGUUUACCUAUACCAUUACAGUGUUAAUACUGCUAUAUUUGCAAGGUUUCUUUCCAUUAUUGCACAACAUAGAGCAGGAAUUAAAGAAUGUGUUUUUGCAGUGUA